UGAGUGCUGGUUCCGGGUCAGAGGUCGGGCGCAGCUUGGGUCAUGGUGCAGCUCAGGCCGCGCGCGUCUCGUGCUCCGGUGUCGGCGUCGGCGAUGGUGGACGAGGGCCAGCCCGCCUCGGAGGAGGAGGCGGAGCACGGCCUGUUGCUCGGACAGCCGAGCAGCGGCGCGGCUGCCGAGCCGCUGGAGGAAGACGAGGAAGGGGACGAUGAGCUUGACGACGAGGCCCCGGAGGAGCUGACUUUCGCCAGCGCUCAGGCGGAAGCGAAAGAAGAGGAGCGGCGAGUUCGCGAGACCGUACGCAGGGAUAAAACGCUUCUGAAGGAGAAGAGGAAGCGACGCGAGGAGUUGUUCAUCGAACAGAAGAAAAGGAAACUUCUUCCAGAUACUAUUCUAGAGAAGUUAACUACAGCUUCACAAACUAGUGUGAAGAAAUCACCGGCAAAGUUGAAAGAAGUUCAUUUGCAAAAGAAAAAUGAAGAAUGUGAGAAAGGAGGUGACUCAAAGAAAGCUAAAGGAAAAGUGCAAAAAGUACAGACUGUUGGCCAGAAUAAAAGCUACUUGGCUGUAAGGCUAAAAGACCAAGAUUUGAGAGAUUCAAGGCAAGAAGCAGCCAAAGCCUUCAUACAAAAUUGUUUAUAUGGUCCUGGAACCAACAGAACUACUGUAAACAAGUUCCUGUCUCUUGACAACAAGAGGUUACCGGUGAAAAAGGCCGCAGCCCAGUUUUUGAAUAAUGCUUGGGGAUCCCAGAAAAAACAAAAUGCCAAGAGGUUUAAAAGACGUUGGAUGGUCAGAAAGAUGAAAACUUCUAAGAAGUAAAUCAAAGCUAAAUGAAGAAUGAGUACUUUUAUCAGGUUUGACCCUACUCCACGGAGGCCAGUAAACUCACGGCGGUCUGAGGUUGCAGAACUCGGAUUUAUAGCAGCAACCAUUCCUGUUAGUUGUUCUAACUUCAUGUUAAUCAGGAGACGUUUGCAGGUACCUAAUAUAUAAAUUCAAUGGACACUCCAGUAUCUGUAGAAGUAAAUUUUUAAUGGCUGGUUAAUUAUAUCACUACAUUUUUAUUGCAAUAUAGUACUCAUUUAAGCACUUAAAAAUGGAAGGUGUACAAAGAUUAAAUUAAGACACGGUAAAUUGACUAAAUAUUUGGUUUUUAUAUAAAUAAAGGUCAUGACCACACUGUUGACAUGUAAUACUGUUAUAAUACAACAGUUAAACUUGUGAGUCUACAACAGAAGUCAUCUGUAGUUAAACAGGAAACAAAGUUGAAAAAGACCAUGUUAAAACAAAACUACUGGGACUUACAGGUCGGGAUUGUAAGUAGCAACAAACAUAUUCACUCAGCUCCUGAGUAU